AUGGUUCGUCUUCUCCUCCGCAUGAAAGCCGAACUGGAGAAUGUUGAGUCAAUCGAAUUCCCGGAGGACUACACCUGGAACAUCGACGUUGUCCAGUCUGGGGGGACAGAGGAGCGUCAAGGGGUGACCCUCACAGCCACCGAGGCCCUACCCAUACCCAACAGCAGAGGGACGGCAAAUUUGGUGAUGAGGUUUGAUGGGUCUAAACAAGCAGCCACUAUCAAUGUUGAACAGGUGAAGGGGGUGACGAGGCCAUACACCGCAGAAGACAGCGGGAAAUUCGUCCCCAUCAUCUCCUUCGAAUGCAGGGGGUCAGCCACACAGCAGCAGCAGCAGCAGCAGCAGCAGCAGCAGCAGCAGCAGCAGCAGCAACAGUAG